GGAGGGAGGCGUGGCCGGCGCCGGCUCUUGCGGCCGAGCUGGGCUGCGGCGUGGGAAAGAGCCGCGAGGAGCUGACCGCGCCGCCGCCGGAGCCGCGCCUGCCGGGGCCCAGGGAGGGAGGGCAGGAGGAGGCAGGCAGGGAGGGCGCUGCGUCCCGCUCUGCGUCCGUGGCUCCGGCCCGGCCGCGCCCCGCGCGGUCUUCUCCGCGAUGAAGCGCCCUUGCGAGGAGACGACCUCUGAGAGCGACAUGGACGAGACCAUCGACGUGGGGAGCGAGAACAAUUACUCGGGGCAAAGUACUAGCUCUGUGAUUAGGUCGAAUUCGCCAACAACAACAUCUCAGAUUAUGGCAAGAAAGAAAAGGAGAGGGAUAAUAGAGAAAAGGCGUCGAGAUCGGAUAAAUAACAGUUUAUCUGAGUUGAGACGACUGGUGCCAACCGCUUUUGAAAAACAAGGAUCUGCAAAGUUAGAAAAAGCUGAAAUACUUCAAAUGACAGUAGAUCACUUAAAGAUGCUGCAGGCAACUGGGGGUAAAGGCUACUUUGACGCGCACGCCCUUGCCAUGGACUUCAUGAGCAUCGGCUUCCGGGAGUGCCUAACGGAAGUGGCGAGGUACCUGAGCUCCGUGGAAGGCCUGGACUCCUCUGACCCCCUGCGCAUGCGCCUGGUCUCGCACCUCAGCUCGUGCGCCUCGCAGCGGGAGGCGGCGGCCAUGACCUCUUCUCUGGCCCACCACCAUCACCCGCUGCACCCGCACCACUGGGCGGCGGCCUUCCACCACCUCCCGGCAGCCCUGCUCCAGCCCAACGGACUCCACGCCUCGGAGUCCACGCCCUGUCGCCUGUCCACCACUUCGGAAGUGCCUCCCGCCCACGGCUCCGCCCUCCUCACCGCCACGUUCGCCCACGCGGAUUCCGCCCUGCGGAUGCCCGCAACGGGCAGCGUCGCCCCCUGCGUGCCGCCUCUCUCCACGUCUCUGCUGUCCCUCUCCGCCACCGUCCACGCGGCCGCGGCCGCAGCCACCGCAGCUGCGCAUAGCUUCCCUCUGUCCUUCGCCGGGGCGUUCCCCAUGCUCCCCCCAAACGCAGCUGCCGCCGUGGCAGCUGCCACAGCCAUCAGCCCGCCCUUGUCGGUAUCAGCCACGUCCAGCCCUCAGCAGACGGGCAGUGGGACAAACAGUAAACCUUAUCGACCCUGGGGCACAGAAGUAGGAGCUUUUUAAGUUUUCACGGAACUCCUCGCAGUAGCAACUGAAUGUCCUUCAUUUCCGAGUCAGCUUAAAACCUCUGCAACCCUGGAAGUAGCCAUAGAGAUGUCUGCAGACCCACAGAGAACAGUCAAGCUGUUUGAGACACAAACCUCACAAGUGGAAAUGUGGUAUUAUCUUUUUUUGUUUUUUUCUCUGUUUUGGUUUAAGGCUAUUUGGUAACUUGACAUCAGCAACUUUUGAAAACUUCACACUUGUUUCCAUUUAGAAGUUUCCUGGAAAAUAAUAUGGACCAUACCAUUCAGCAGUGCAUCAGGAUGUCUGAAUUGGGGAAGAAAAAUGACCUGACUCAAUUCUCUUGAAACUAGAUGGGAAAAAAAAAUUUGUGUUUCGUAAGUGCCUGAGCUAGUAAAGUUUUCUUUUGAACAUACAACAUUGCACAAGUAGAGAAGAGUGUAGAGGUUGGGUUAAGAAAGGAUAAGGGACUGAAGCCCUGCAUUAGGCUGCAGAUACUUUAGUACAACCCAAGAGAAGAGCACUCUGUUGAAACCAGCAGGUUUUUAUUGGCCAAAAGGAUUGCUGAAAAUAAUUUUCAAGUUGAAAGUCCUAGUUUUAUCUUAGUUUGCUUUCUUUGUACAGACUUGCCAAGUGGUGACAUUUAGCAAUGCAUUCGUGUAAGCAAUUAUUACAUCAGUGCUCAGAUUAACAAGCAUUUCUGCCCUGCCUGCAGACCCCCAGGCAUUUUCUUUCAUGGCUCAAAACGUGGUGCUUCUUUAUAUAAACCAUGCAUUUAUAGGUUGUACCUAGAAGCAAUUGCUUACUAUGUGCCCACCAGAGGCUAUCUGACUGAUGCCAACUUGAAAACUCUCCAGUUGUAAAACUUUAAUUUAUUCUGUAUCAUUUGGACAAUUUUUACAUAUUUAUCUUAUUGAUUUCAUCCCAAUAACAUGUAAAAUCUGUUGUCACCUUUUGGUAAGAAGUUGCAUUUCUGGAAGUGAUGAGGCAGGGAGAGAACGAUGGUAAGAGAAAAGCCACGAUUUUUAAAUGUCCGUUGUCAGGCUUGUGAUUGCAUUUGAUCCCAAAUCAAGAUGAAUGUAUUCAAUGGGAUGUACAUAAAUUAUUUUUGUCCAUGCCUAGACUAGUGCUACAUAAUGUGUUUUGGUUUUGUUGUUCUUGUUUUGUUUAACGACAAAAUAAUCUCUUAAUACUUUGAAAUUGAGCACCUGAGAUUUUAUGUUUGAAAGACAAAGACACAGCAUGUAUUAUUAUGCACUUCAUUUCUCUGCUGUGUGGAGAAAGCAAUAAACAUUAUGAGAAUGUUAAACAUUAUGCAAAAUUAUACUUUUAAAUAUUUGUUUUAAAAAUUACUGUACCUAGUCUUCUAUGCAUUACUUUGUAACCUUUUUCUAUGCAAAAGUCUACAUAUCACUAAUUAAAUGAAGUCCUUUUUGACCA